AUGGAAUUAGAUAGAUUAGUCAAUGAAGGAAUACUAGAACCCGUUUCAUUUAGUAAGUGGGGAACGCCAAUUGUUCCUAUUAUAAAAGAAGAUGGAUCAGUGCGCAUAUGUGGAGAUUUUAAGGUGACAAUAAAUCCAUGUUUGGAAAUAGAAAGAUAUCCAAUUCCCAGAAUUGACGAACUUUUAAAUUCAAUGCAGGGUAGUGUUAUAUUUUCCAAAAUAGAUUUGUCUCAAGCAUAUCAACAAAUAUUAUUAGAAGAAAAUUCCAGAGAAUUAACAACAAUCUCAACACAUAAAGGGUUGUUUAAAUACACGAGGUUACCAUUCGGUAUAACUUCAGCACCGGCUCAUUUUCAAAAAGUUAUGGAAAAUGGGUUACAUACGACAAAAGAGAAAAUAAAAGCAAUUCAAGAUGCCCCAAUUCCUAAGUCGGUAACCGAAUUAAAAUCAUUUUUAGGGCUAGUAAAUUAUUACGCAAAAUUUGUUCCAAAUUUGUCAACGAUUUUGUACCCUUUGUAUCAGUUAUUACAAAAGAACGCCAAAUGGGUUUGGUCUGAUCAGUGUUCUCAAGCUUUUAAUCAAGUUAAAGAUAUUUUAAUUUCUGCGUCCGUUUUGGUACAUUUCAAUCCGGAUCUGCCGCUUCAAUUAACAUGUGACGCUAGUAAUUAUGGUGUAGGUGCGGUGUUAGCACAUAUUUUUCCGAAUGGGGAAGAAAAACCUAUAGCUUUUGCAUCAAAAAAGUUAAAUAGAGCUGAAAUGAGCUAUUCGCAAAUAGAAAAGGAAGCGUUGGGUAUCAUAUUUGGCGUCAGUAAAUUCAAUCAGUUUUUAUAUGGUAAUAAAUUUACAUUAGUUACUGACCAUAAACCUUUAGUAACCAUUUUUAAUCCAAGCAAGGGAAUUCCGACCUUUUCCGCUAAUCGGCUUAGACGUUGGGCUGUUAUUCUUAGUAAUUAUGAUUAUAAUAUAAAAUAUGUAAAAUCAGAGAAGAAUAUUGCAGAUUCGUUAUCAAGAAUACCAAUUAAAGAUGAUACAAAAUUAAUUGAUAAAUGUUCAGUUGACUAUAUAAAUUUUUUUGAAGAUGAAUUACAUUCUACUCAUAUGGGAGCUGCUAAAAUGAAAGAAAUGGCGCGUAAUUAUUUUUGGUGGCCUGGAUUAAACAGUGAUAUAGAGAAAAAAGCACACAAUUGUGAAAAUUGUAGAGCAGUUAAAGAUAAUCCACCGAAGCAUCAACUUCAUUUAUGGGAAUGGCCACGGGAACCUUGGUCUAGAUUACAUAUUGACUAUUUUGGUCCUAUAUAUAAUAGAUAUUUUUUGGUAAUAGUUGAUGCUCACUCAAAAUGGAUUGAGGUUUUUCCCACUAGAAAUACUACAAGUUCAUUCACAAAUGAAGUAUUAAGUAGUUUAUUUGCUAGAUUUGGAAUUCCACAUCAUAUUACGACAGCACCCUAUUCACCUGCAUCAAAUGGCGCUGCUGAAAAUGCAAACUUUUUAUUUGAUUAUCGCAAUACGCCACAUGCAACAACUAAAGAGAAACCUUCUGUUCUUAUGUUCAAAAGACAUAUUAAUUUCAGAUUUAAUAUAAUGAAUCCUAAAAUCUAUAAAAGGAGUAGGAAAAAUUAUUCAAUAAAUAAUAAUGUAAUUAAAGGCCAAAGGCGACAACUAAAAUAUAAUAACGGAUCUAGGAAAUGUAAUUUUAGCAUAGGACAAUAUGUAUUUGUUAAGGAUUAUAGAAUUCCAAUGAAAACUAAGUGGGUUAAGGGUAAAAUAAUUAAAAGAAUUGGAAAAUGUGUUUAUUUAUGUAAUGUGUCUGAGGUUGGUAAAGUAUGGAAACGCCACGCAAAUCAAAUAGAAGAAUGUAGAAGUGUUGAGAGUUCACUGGCGCCUUUACCUAUCACAGACACAAAAGAAAACACUGAAAUAAUUGAAAUUUUUGAUUCUCCUGAACAAGUUGCAAGUGUUAAUAAUAGACCAAAAAGACAAAUAAAAGCACCUGAACGACUUGCAAAUGAAUAG